UAAUUAUGUUUUAUGGACAUAGAGGCGCUUCAGAAUAAAGUACCGAUAAAUCCUUCACAUGGCGGCUUUCAGGCUUCUCUCUGUUUGUAAGUUAGACGUAUUUUUUUCACGUGUUGUUUUCAAGCAACAACUCAAUAGCGGGUCAGGUAAUCUUUGCACUUCCUAUUAACAUGAUUCGACUGUAGACCAAAAGAUUUCUUUGUUUUUAAUUAACACGAUUUAAUGGUGUGAAAAUGGGGUACAGCAAAUACAAAGGUUGAUUGACAAUUGUAUAGACAUGCACUGGACUAUAUUGAAUGGUGCUUUAUAUGAUUCUAUGUGCUCCAAAAGGAAUGUUCAACAAUGGAAGAACCUGAAGUAGUUGAAUAUUUCUUUGGAGUGUAUUUGUUAUAUUGUAUAAAUCCAAAGUACAAAGGAAGGACAUAUAUAGGAUACACUGUAGAUCCAAGACGUAGAAUCAAACAGCACAAUGCUGGCAAGAAGCAUGGUGGAGCGUGGAAAACUAGUAAUAGAGGACCAUGGAACAUGGUUUUGAUUGUUCAUGGAUUUCCUAACAGCACCUCUGCGCUUAGAAGUAUAUUGUUUCAGUUUGAAUGGGCCUGGCAGCAUCCACACGUUAGCAGACGGCUGAAACACAUUCCCAAGAAGAAGUCAUCGCAGAAAGUGUUUGAUUUCUAUCUAACAGUCCUGUCUGAAAUGUUAAAAGUUGGACCUUGGUGCCGUUUACCUUUAACAGUACGCUGGCUGGAUUAUGAGUUCUCCAAACAAUAUUAUGGAUGUAUAUCUCCACCGUUGCACAUGCCUAUAUGCUAUGGCAAAGUCGCCAGUUGCAAAGUCAAGCAAACACAAGAUGCGAAAGCUAAUGACAUUCAGUCACAAGAGUCACCGUCGGUGACGGAAAAGUUGUGUCCUCUUUGCGGCUCGACAAUGACAGAGAAAGAUUCUAUUAGUUGUAUAAAACCAAAGUGCCUUUUAACUGCUCACUUGAUUUGCUUGGCUAAAGCAUUCUGCAAGGACGGAAUGAUUUUACCAAUCGAAGGCAUUUGUCCUGCAUGCAAAACUAACGUUCUCUGGGGAGACCUAAUAAGAAAGAAGAACGGCUGUUAUCAAGAUCUGCAGGAAACCGACCUUUCCAAUUCCUCCUUUAGCGACAGCGACGAUACUUAGAUAUAACUUAAUAAAUCCAUUUUCUAUAUUUACUUAUACAAAUGAAUAUGAAUUUUUAUAUUGUUUAACAAAGCUAAUACAGAAUACGACAAGGACGCGAUAAAAAAUCAUUGUAUCAUAAAGAUUUCUCACAUCAUUGACAUCAUAUGUAUACAUUAUAUUGAUAAUUAUGUCAUUGGAAAAUAACGAGAAUAAUCGUUAUUUAAAAGAAAAUAUUUAUUUUUAUAGUUUUAAACACAAUAAAGUAACGUGUAAGCGAUUUAA